AUGGGGUGCCAAGGAUACCGGCAAAAGUUCGUAGAUAAGGUGUCAAGGAUAUUGGGAAAGUUCAUAGAUGGGGUGUCAAGGAUAUCGGGAAAGUUCGUAGAUGAGGUGCCAAGAACAUCGGGAAAAUUCGUAGAUGGGUUGCCAAGGAUAUCGGGAAAAUGGGUUGCCAAGGAUAUCGGGAAAGUUCGUAGAUGGGGUGUCAAGGAUAUCGGGAAAGUUCAUAGAUGGGGUGUCAAGGGUAUCGGGAAAGUUCAUAGAUGGGGUAUCAAGGAUAUCGGGAAAGUUCAUAGAUGGGGUAUCAAGGAUAUCGGGAAAGUUCAUAGAUGGGGUGUCAAGGAUAUCGGGAAAGUUCGUAGAUGGGGUGCCAAGGACACCGGCAAAAGAAUGAAUAGAUUAGGCUUUUUAUGCAAACAAGCAGCAAGCGUAGCAUAUGGAUUACUUCUCGUCGAUUUUGCUCAUUCAACAGAGCAAAAUUAUUUCGGAAGACAAGACCUUUCAUAUGGGUAUGGUGCACCGCAGUUGACCGCAUUCACUAUAGAAGAAUGUAGAAAAAAAAUACGCGCUUUCAUGGUUCGCAAUAACAUACCAGGAUUGUCUAUUGGUGUUUCAUUUCAAGGGAUUCAAUGGACGGAAGGUUUCGGCUAUGCUGAUCUCGAACAAGAAGUACCAUGCUCAAGUGAUACCGUAAUGCGAAUAGCGAGUAUUAGUAAAUCUAUAACAUCGGUGAUCGCUGCUCGACUAGUCGAAAAUGGAAUGCUCGAUCUUGAUGCACCAGUUCAAGAAUAUCUUAAAGAUUAUCCAAAACCAAAAAUUAACGGUAAAGAAAUAGAAAUAACGUGUCGACAACUUCUCAAUCACACGAGUGGAAUUCGACAUUAUUCCAGGAAGCUAAAAGCUGUAUUAAUGGCUCUUUAA